CUCUCUUCCUCGGCUUUCCUAUUUUUCUCUUCUUUUUUUUUUUGCUAGCGUUCCUAUUUUUCUCUUCGCUUUUAGCUCUUCACUCUUUGCUCCCCACCUUGCGCCCGGCCAUGUUCUCCAAGCUCUUCCACGGCUGCAGGCAAGAGUCACCAAAGUCUUCUUCCGACAAGCGGAAGCAGACUCUAGAAAUGCUUGGGAAAAAGGAGAUUAUUUUGCAGAAGAAGAUCUCUGUAGAGGUUGAGAGAGCCAAAGAAUUUACAAGGGCAAAGAAAAAACAAGCGGCAAUGCAGUGUUUGAAGAGAAAGAAAUUUUAUGAAGGUCAAAUGGAGCAACUUUGCAGUUUUCAGUCGCACAUUCGUGAUCAGGAGCAAAAGCUACCACAGAAACUGUCAGUUCAAUGUGGACAGGUUCAGCAGAUGACAAGUAAUCUGAAAGAAAACUUAGACAAAGAUGCUUUUGUGGUUUGGAAGCUAGAGAAGUUUCUAUAGGCGUGGAAUUGGAAAGUCCCACUCGAGCUAACGGUAAUGGAGUGCGAUGGAGGAGGAUGCUGCAGCAGUCUGAAAAGUUUCCGGGUGCACUUGGAGAAAUAUUGCAAUGGAGUUCUACAAUGGACCUGAAUCUCUGAUUUGCCUUUUCCAAGUCCCCAACAUGCCCCUUGGUUGCUGCAGGUACCAAACGGGACUUGUUAACGUGAAUGUUGCUACUUUCCGGUGGUCUGGCCGCUAUAUCCUUUUACGAAGGAAUAGCUCUGGGAAGUAUAAAUAUUGAGAUGGAAUCUAAAUAGGCUGUCGCUAACCAACUUGACCAUAUGUUCGGUUCACAGGAAUCAGAACGGAUUGAAAUGGGAAAUGGAAUAGAAGGCAGAGAAUGGAAAUUAUGAUUUCUA